AUGGGGCGGCGGCGGGUCGGUGCCGAGGCCGAGGCGCUGAAGCAGGAGACGGCGGCGCUCCUCGACGGAUGCGGGCUCGGAGGAUGCGUGCGGCCGCGGCGAGGGCGGCGGCUGGUGGUGGUGGCGCCUGCUGCAGCCACGGUGGCGGUCGGCGUCGUCGUCGGAGGUGGAGGUGGAGGAGCAGGAGGAGGAGAGGAUCCGGUCCAGCGACUCGUAGAACUCCUCCUGCUCUGCCUCCCCCUCGCCCGCCAGAUCCAGCAUGGGGCGGAGUCGGGCCGGGGCUGUGGUCGGCCGGCGGCGAGCGGACCGGAGCUGACUGCUAGCGCCCAAACUGUGAGCGGACCGGAGCUGGGGGUCGUCAGGAAGAAGAUGCUGGACACUGCGAAGUCCACCGUGGUUGGUUGA